UAACGUGCCACCCCAGUUGCAUAUAGUUUUUUUUUUCACCUCUAGGAUGUGGUGCAGCCCGCGUGCACCCCUCUGCUCCUGCCUGUGUAGUAUACAGCGGGACCCUCCGCAGUUCGCUUAUCCCGUUCCUUCCCGUUGCCUUUUGCGCGCACGACGUCUGCAGCACAUUCAGUGAGCCAGUCCUCUCCGUACGCUGCGAGCUUUUGGAUGAAGGCAGGACUCUUUUCCACAGUGUGUUCUGAUGGCGAAACCUGAGCUGGUUCCGUCUCGGUGAUCAUUUGUAGAGGAAGACGUUUAAGCUUUUUUCUUGUUUUUUCUUCUUCUCCGCUUCAUUCUUCUCGACUCAUUUCCAACAAAAUGUGGGACGCGCGUUCUCUGCGCGGCGUCCGCGGAGUGCUCUCUUCAGUCCCGGCCGCUUGACUACAGGGGGAUCCCGGCUCCCUUUUCCCUCCUCUGCUCCCACAGGAACAACAGGAGUUUGCAUGCAAAAGGUGGUUUAUCUCGGCAAGCCAUGGAGGGACUUGCCUAAAGAGGAUCCAACAUAGUUAAAAACGUUUUGACUUUUUUUUUCGUGUCAAUUUUGAGACAUCUUCCCCAAUAAGUCUCCUUUUCCAUCACCAUGGCUGAGAAGCUUGGACCAGAAGGGCUCAAGCCCACCAACAUCGAAACCGAUCCCUCCCUGCCCCCAGAGCCCAUCGACAUCAUCCGCACUAAAGCCCGCUCCCGUAGAGUCCGCCUUAACGUUGGGGGUCUGAACCACGAAGUCCUUUGGCGGACCCUGGACAGGCUACCCAGGACCCGGCUCGGCAAGCUUCGCGACUGCAACACCCACGACUCCCUGAUGGAAGUCUGCGACGACUACAGCCUGAACGAAAACGAAUACUUCUUCGACCGGCACCCGGGGGCCUUCACCUCCAUUCUGAACUUUUACCGCACGGGCAAAUUACACAUGAUGGAGGAGAUGUGUGCCCUUUCUUUUGGCCAGGAGUUGGACUACUGGGGGAUUGACGAGAUCUACCUGGAGUCCUGCUGCCAGGCCCGUUACCACCAGAAGAAAGAGCAGAUGAAUGAGGAGCUGCGGAGGGAGGCAGAGACAAUGAGGGAGCGGGAGGGAGAGAUAGAGUUUGACAACACCUGCUGCCCAGACAAGAGGAAGAAGUUGUGGGAUCUCCUGGAGAAGCCCGGCUCCUCUGUGGCUGCCAAGAUUCUAGCCAUCAUCUCGAUCCUCUUCAUCAUCCUCGCCACCAUCGCUCUGUCUCUCAACACCCUACCAGAGCUCCAGGUCACAGACGAGUUUGGCCAUGCCAGCGAUAACCCCCAGCUGGCCCACGUGGAGGCCGUGUGUAUCGCCUGGUUCACCAUGGAGUACGUCCUUCGCUUCCUCUCCUCUCCCAACAAGUGGAAGUUCUUUAGAGGCCCUCUGAAUGUCAUUGACUUGCUGGCCAUCUUGCCCUACUAUGUCACCAUCUUCCUAACUGAGUCCAACAAGAGCGUGCUGCAGUUCCAAAAUGUGCGCCGUGUGGUGCAGAUAUUCAGGAUCAUGAGAAUAUUGAGGAUCCUGAAGUUGGCCAGGCACUCGACAGGGCUCCAGUCUCUAGGGUUUACUUUGAGAAGGAGCUACAAUGAACUGGGGCUGCUCAUUUUAUUUCUUGCCAUGGGCAUCAUGAUAUUUUCCAGCUUGGUCUUCUUUGCUGAGAAAGAUGAAGAUGCCACCAAAUUCACCAGUAUCCCCGCCUCAUUCUGGUGGGCAACCAUUACAAUGACUACAGUGGGUUAUGGUGACAUUUACCCACAGACGUUACUUGGAAAAAUUGUGGGUGGGCUGUGCUGCAUUGCAGGAGUGCUGGUAAUUGCCCUACCCAUCCCCAUUAUUGUCAACAACUUCUCUGAGUUCUACAAGGAGCAGAAGAGGCAGGAGAAGGCCAUCAAGAGGAGGGAGGCUUUGGAGAGAGCCAAGAGGAAUGGCAGCAUUGUGUCAAUGAACCUAAAAGAUGCCUUUGCCCGCAGUAUGGAACUGAUGGAUGUGGUGGUGGAGAAAGGAGAGGAAAAGUCCUCCCUGGACAACCACCUGUCACCUAGCCGAUGGGGCAGCUCAACCCGGCACGCCUCCUCAGAGACUGACCUGAAAUCUCCAGUUAAAAGAAAGCUUGAGCCGCAAAGCUCUCCCCAUGGUAUAACCAUCAACACCACUGGAAGUCCCCAGCUGACAAACAGGACCCCACAGCACCUUAAUGUGCAAAAACUGGAGGAGAUGUACAACCAGAUGACCAAGUCACAGUCCUUCACCAACCUCAACACUACAAGCUCCAUGAGCACUAUGAGCACAACUAUGACCGCCCCUGUCUCGCCUAAGAAAUCUCAAAGCCCUGAAUUUACAUUAAAAGAGGAAGUAGAGCUGGAGAUGAAGGAGGUCCAACCCUCCUUUCCAGUCUUUAGAGAACAAGACUGCAACUCAGAUGAAGAAGAUGCUGGGCCCUGUCAGAUCAGACACCCCAGGGCCCCACCCCCACUUGAUUUAAGCCUACUGAGGGCCAUUGAUGACCACAGCUCUCCUGGCGGCAUACUCAAAGAUGGCCUCUAUGAAUCCGUCGACCCAAGUGACGGAUCGGAGCUCCUCAUAGAGGAAGGGGAGAGCUUUAACAGUGCUGUGGAGAAUAUCCAGAGCUCUCCAAGAGGGAAUAACCCUCUUAAAAUAAAGGAGUUGAAGGUAAACUUCACCAAGACCUCUGCUGAAGGCCCGCCAACACCGCCCAGCACUACCUCUCCUGGAGACAUCAGCUCCAGCAUCCUGGAAGACGAGACUCCGGAGGGAGAGAUGUCACCACUCAUCCCCAGUACAGAGGAGCUGCUCCUAGUCACAGAGGAGGAGACCUGCCCGUUGUCCCCUAAGAGGCUGGUGGUCGACACCCCACCUGGAGAUGAAGAUCAAGCCACAGAGAACCACAGGGAGAAGCAUCUGAUGGAAGUGGCGGGAGCUGCAGUUGCACCAUUGUCACCUAAGACAGCAGCACAAAAUUGCACCCAAGGUGUGGUCGGGGCAAGCGGGGAAGUCAAUGCUGACAGCAACCAAAGUGGACACAAAGUAGAGAACCACAUGUUUACAUCCGAUAUCCACCUGAUACCCGGGGAUGGAAGCCUCUCUCCGACCUGUGAAACCAGCAUGUGACUGUAAGAGAAGCUCAGAGGGACAAUAGACCCACUGCAACCUCAGCCUGGCGUGUGGGAGAGCAGGAAAGAAAAGACAAGGGUUUAGUUGUAAUGAAAGAUAUUUUUGCAUGGCAUGACAAGUCCCUUUCACUUGUGUUGUUGUGUUUUGCUGAAAAAGAAACUGCAGCGCUCAGUGCAGAUUUGAGAAUGACUCUGGGGAAAACAGUGGGCUCAAAGAGGAGGCUCUUGAAAAACAGCUGGAAUUCAGCAACUUAUGUUGACAUUUUGGUCCUCCCAAUGUACAUAAUGACAGUCUCCUUUUUCUAGUAAAAGAAGGAAAUGCACAGAGGGACUUAUCUGUAAAAAGCAUGCAUUUAAAAAAAAGACAGAUAAUUUAUGGUGCUUAGUUUGCUGGAAGCGCGCCACUGUAAAUACUAGGACAUCUAAAGCAAUGACAAUGCACAGGAUGGCAUCGGAAAACUGUCACUGAAGGUACAAAUAUUUGUAAUGUGAAAGGGAGGGGUGGGGGGUGGUAGGUGGCGGGGGUUGAGUUUGAGAGCCCUCAAACUGGGUGUUGCAUCGUAGCGACCUAUAAAAAAACAUAUCAUUACCUUUUGUGGAAAUGCAAAAGUGUUCCCAUGAUGACCCUGUAAUGUUUUUUUUCGUGUGAAAAAUGGUGUAUGAAACUGUAACGUUGACAUUAUUGAUUUUGGUUUUCAUAACGACUGUUGAACUUUCAGUUAAGCGUCCGAUAUUCAGUCUUCGAAAAACACAUAAUACGUAUGUAACUAGUGAGGGCAGGAACUAGCAGUUACUGCUGCUACUGAAAAUAUUUAUUAUGUGGUGUCAGAAGUUACGACAAGGUUUAAGAUGUUUUAUUCCUUGUUCAAGCCUUUUGAUUCCAUCCCAAUCACAAAAAUAAAUCGCAUUUACUCUCCGACAUCAGAUAUAUACAUCUAAAAGUAGGUUUAAGAAUAAAUUAUGAAAUACGUAGGUCUAGAUCGGUUGUAAAAAAUCUAUGGUAGGUGAGUGAGAUUCUGUAAAACACAGUUAAGACUAUUUAUUUAUUCAGCACAGUAGAUCUGGUCAUUAAAUACACAUAUAUAUGCUUUACACUAUAAUUGUCUAUAUUGGCAAUGCAAAAGAGAUAGACUACCAUAAAAAAAUGACAAUAUUCCUUCUGAUAUCAACGGACCAAAUCAAGCACACUGACAAGCUUUCAACUAUCUCAGCUGCAUAGUAACAGAUACAGUAAUAACAUGUAUUAUGACAGUAGUUAUGGGUUUUGUUUUGUUUUCCUUAUGGUUUGUUUACCUGCAUCGUGUUCAUUUUCCUAUCCCCAGCGCCCUGAUGUUGUUAUUGGAAUUUUUGUCAAUGCUACUGCAAGUUUAUCCCAUUCUGCUGACAAGUUAAUGGCAUCUUUUUUUUUUGUAUAUCCGUAGUGUCUUGGACUGUAAUUUAUUGUGUUUUAAUGUGAACAAAACUAAUUUCAGUCAAACUUAAACCCAAAGGAGUUCUUUUUUUUCUCUUUUCUUCUUUCUCGCUUUUGUUUUACACUGACUGAAAAUAUCUGUUGUAUGUUGCCUUUGAUUCCAAUUGUAUUGCUGGAAUAUUUGUUUAUUGUUGCAGCAUGACACUUGGAUGAGUGUACUAGCAGUGUGUUUGUGAAAGCCACACAAACCAGACUGGUACCGGCAGUAAGUACGUCGGUGAGUUCUUUGUUGUUUGUUUUAUUCUUUUCUUUUCUUUUUCCCGCAUUAUUAUCAUGUUUUUGUGUUCUCACAGAGAGGUGUGGAAUGUGCAAUACCGCAUACUGCAAUCUAUGCAGGCCAAGAAUUGUGGCACUUUAUUUUCUGUCUAUGGGAUUUGUAAGUGUACAGGCAGAAAUUACUUGUAUUUUUCAAAUGUUGUAUCUUUAAUAUGAGGCAAAACAGUAUUACAACUACCAGAAUCUCAACAAACAAUGCAAAUGAGAAUUUGACUUUUCCUUUUUCGUAUUAUAUGGCUGGCAUAUGCUGUCUAGCAUCUUAAUGCCAGAUAUCAAUGGACCUCAAAUUUGAUUAUCUGUGGGAACAGGGAUCCAAAUUGACCACUUUGGGCCUUUUAUAUUGCUGUUAGAUUUACAUAAUCUAAUAAAUGUCUGAGGAAGAUAUUAAAAUAAUCUAAUUCCAAUGGCCACACAAAGGAUUUUAUGUUUUUUGUGAAUUAACGUUGAGAAUGAUUCUAUUUUUUCUAAACCAAAAUGGAGCACGACCACAAUUUCCUGCCAUAUGGUGGUUGAAAUGAUGCGUGCCUUUUCAUAACACUGCUGUUUAUGAGAAGGUAGCAAGUCAUUUUGCUUUGUUCAUAUAGCACUGUACAGAAAAUUCUAAUUUUAUAGGAGAAAUCAGGUCUUUAUGUAAUACACACAAGUAAUGUUAUUGAGUUCUCAGGUUUUCUAUAACUCUCUAAUGUUCCUAUUGGAUAGAUUCUCUGUUUUUUUUUCUUUAACAGCUAUUGUCAAGUAGUUACUUCUGUACUUUUUGAAAGGUGAUGUUGUCAAAUCCACAUUGAUGUCUUGGCUCCCGGAGUAAGGAGCGGCAAUAUUUCUCCCUCCUCCUGGGUAAUCCGUGCACCACCGUUCAGUAUCACCCCCCAUCAGUCUUCAGUGAGGCAGAAAGGAGCCCCAACAAAGGGACAUAACUUUGACUGUUAAGAGUUUAAGAUAAAUAGCCAGAAGGAGAAUGUCUAACUGACCAUAGACAGACGGGAAGAGAUCCCUACUGUCACUGAAAUGAUACAUCUGAUUAUUUCCCAUGCUGACAGCACUGAGUGCUCCAAUCCCUACAGCUUCAGGGGCUCUAAGUCCAUAGCAUGUCCUCAGGCAUAGUGAUCGAUGGGAGAAAGGAAGGCCAAGAUUAAAUGGAGUCGUCCCAAAUGGUUCCAUCAUAUCAGUGAUCAGCUGUGGUCCAUAUUUUCUUUUGUCCGUGUACAUACUGUAUGCCCAUACUCCGUAGCCAGAGAUUCACGCGAGAGCUCGUGGAAUUAUCUUUGAAAUGAUUGAUCCCUCAUUGGAAACACAGAUUCUUUGGUACUCUCCAAAGUAAAAUGCGGGGUCAGCGUAGGUUGUUGUGGUUUGGGGUUUUCAUUUUUUUUGACGAUAACCUUCUUGUUAAAGCUAUUUUUUUCUGUACCUGUACGUUCACUUUAACAUUUUUCCUUCCAUCCCUUGUUUGUAGUGAUCAUGUCUCCGUGUGAUAGCCUCGAGUAAUCCUUCAUUUUGACAGGUAGGGUAGAGAAACAAGGGAUUUGGAUUGAUCAAAUAAAUUCCCUUGGGAUGAUGUUUGUGUGGAUACUGAAAUUAAUUCUGCGAGCUGACAGUGAAACGACUGUGCUCUGCCAUACUGUGUCACAAUGGCAUUAUCAUCUGUGAUAGCGUGACGAGUGGAAAGGCUGUGUCUUUAUUUUCUCUGGGAGAAUGGGUAUUGUCUGUGUCACUCAUGCGUGCUUACCAAACCGUGCUCCCCUGAAAUGCAUAAAGCUUCAUUGUUUCUUCUUAAGUCUCUGUGUAUUCUGCCUCUUACAGUUUUUGAUUUAUUUAUUUAUUUUCUGUUCAACUUUUAGAGAGCAUUAUCAUUAGACACAUUCUGAGCUACAGAUUGUUUCUGUAUGAAGCAACAUCAUUGUAGGCCUAUGCAUGUAGUAGUCCGAACAAUUAUGUGACCACUGAACACUUCGUUAUGGUACAUGUAUGUCAACAUUUCUGUAGAGCAUUGUUCCCCAUUACGUCUAUUAGCAUAUGCAGAAUAACAAAUAAAUGUGUAUAUAACUCAUGUGUUUGUGUGUCUGGUGUGUCUACUUUACAAAUGAGUUGUUGUCUAAAUAGCAUUUUCCACAUGCAUGUUUUGCUUAAUAAGGAUCAUUGCAUAA